UUGAAUUUGAAGAUUUUACUAUUAACUACUUUCAUUUUACUAACUACUUUUCCAUUAUAUAAAAAUCCAAUUAGAUUAGGAGGAGUGUUAGUCCUUAUUAGGUUUUGUCUUGUAAGUCUUGCCUCUCUUUUCUCUAGUUGAUGGUACUCUUAUGUUCUAUUUUUAGUAUACAUUGGAGGUUUGCUAGUGAUAUUUAUUUAUGUUUGUUUAGUUAGAAGAAAUUAUCCUUUUUAUAUAAAUUCUAACCAGGUUACUUUAUCCUUGGUUAUUUCUUUAGGAGGUUCUUACAUUAUAUCUUUAAAGCCUGUAACUAUAAGUUUUCUUGGAAGAGGAUUAUGAGAUUCUGGAAGCAAUUUGGUUUCUGAUACUUCUUUAUCGCUAUUUGUAGGUUUAGUGGUUCUUCUUCUUUUGAUGCUUUUAGUUGUAGUUCGAAGCUCCGGUGCUGGGGCUGUAAUCGUUAGCGGUGAGUAA